UUAGCCCUUUGCUACAAACCCUAACUGGUCCACAAUGCUCCUUCUCUCCCUCAUUAAAUUCACCACUUCUCACUUCUCCAUAGUUCCAUCCUUUUUUCUCUCUCCAUUCUCUCUUCUCUUCUUCACACCACCAUUCAUAUAAUUAACCUAGCUAGGGCUAAAACAAAACCUAAACCUUUUCUUCUUCAAUAUGGGACAUCACUCUUGCUGCAACAAACAGAAAGUUAAAAGAGGUUUAUGGUCACCUGAAGAAGAUGAAAAACUCAUCAACUACAUCACUACUUAUGGACAUGGCUGCUGGAGUUCUGUGCCUAAGCUUGCUGGUUUGCAAAGAUGUGGAAAAAGCUGCAGAUUAAGAUGGAUUAAUUAUUUAAGACCUGAUUUGAAACGUGGAAGCUUUUCUCCUCAAGAAGCUGCUCUUAUCAUUGAACUUCAUACCAUUCUUGGCAACAGGUGGGCACAGAUAGCAAAACAUUUACCAGGAAGAACUGAUAAUGAAGUGAAGAACUUUUGGAAUUCAAGCAUAAAGAAGAAACUGCUUUCACAUGAUUUUGUUCCUUCUUUAACCACAUUUUCUGAUCAUAUUCACUGUCCUAGAAAUGAAACUUUCUUCCCUUUGUUAAAUGACAAUCCUAUCCUUAAUAACAACUCUCAUCAUCAUCAAUAUCACUUAGAUCAUCAUCUUUACUUUCCCAUCAAUCUUCCAUCUCCAAUCCUACAAGAUCAAAAUGACCAUAUCAAGAAUAUUGAUAUCAACAACAUUUUGAAUGCCAAUUUUCAUAAUCCAUCUUUGCCAGAAACACUACCUUCUUCCAAUAAUCUUGUUUCAUCUUCUUAUGACCAAUUUGAUACUUGGUCAUUCAUUCAUCAUCUCAAUCCAAAUCUUCACCAAAACUAUAAUAUUGUUGAGAAUUUCAUCAACAAUAAUAAUCCAAACACAAUAUGGCAACAUCAACAUCAGCAGCAACAGCAACCGCAACCGCAGCAACAGCAACAACACUAUGAGAGUAGUAGUCAUCAUUUGGUGGAACUUGAUAAUUCUAUUGUCCCAAAAGUUUGUGAAAUUGAAACCAUCAAGGAUAAUUUUGUUUCUAGCAUCCCAUUUUCUUCUUCUGAUUCACAACAUCAUCAUCAUCAUGAUCUUAUCCAUCAAAUUGUGGCUGCAGAAGUUAAUAACAAUGAUGUUCAAGCUGUGGAGUAUAAUAAUAUCAUGGAUGCUCUCAUCAUGUCAUCCUCAUUACCAUCCUCAACAACAACAACAAUAACAUCUUCAUCAUCACCACCACUAUCAUUCUACCAAGCACCAGAAAAAAUUCUCGCAAAACCUAUCCUUCCUUCAACUUGGGAGUCAUCAUCAUCAUGAAUCAUGAAUCAUGAAUCAUGAUCAUCAUCAGCAUGUGUAUAUUAUAUGCAUUUGAUUACCUUCAUGAUCUCUAGAAGUUUGGAAUAUUAAGAGGGGUAUAUUUGCAAACAUGAGAUUUGCUAGUUGAGGCUUUUCCAUGAAUAUGUCUAGUUUGUUUCACAUGUUUGUAAACUAAAAACUAUGUAUUUUUCUGAAUCAUUUACUAUAAAUUUAGUAGUAUUUGUUUUGUCAUUUAUUGUAUGAGAAAUAAUCAUAUAUGCUUAGUUGUGCAGUCCUUUACGUUGACACAUUGUCUGUUUGACAUUUAUGGAUGAUGAUGUCAAAAUAUGUACACACUCCAUGGUCAACUUGUUCUCACUUCACGCCAAAUUCUGAUCUUAUAGACUAUAGCUAGCUAGGGAUCAAUGCUCUGCAGGUACUUAUAGCAUAUUCUGAUGUGAUUCAC